AUGUCUACCUCAGAUACGCGCGCUGCCACAUCCACAUCUCACAUUGAUGAAGGCUCCAUGGCACCCACAACAGGCAAAGAAAUCAUAACCGUGCCCAACGACGUCCGCGUCUCCGCUAAUCCCUUCGACGACUUUGUCGUUGUUCAUACCGCCGAGACAGCACUUUUCGAGACUAUGCGCAUCCCUGCACUGAUGAACCUCUACACCCGCAUCCUCAUGACUACCACUAACCUCACCCUCGACGAAACCAUUGACACUGUGCAAGCAAUAACCGAUGGCCUCACCACUCUGCACCUAUGUUCCGACAUCCUCAACAAGCCCUCCCACCCACGCGACCUACUGUUCUACAUAUGGGGCCUAGGUCCAGCAUUGAUCGCGAGUUUCAGCAAAACUCUCAGCAUCAUCUUCGAAACGAACGAUUGGACAGUGUUUGAGCGCGAGGCGCUGGAGAAGGGUGAUUUUGAGAUUUCGCCUGUUGUUUGGGCGGUCAUGCUGGGGCCGAGGGGUUUGGUGAAAGAGUUGGUCAAAGGAAGGAGAGGAGCGGAGGCGGUGUUGGGGGCUGAAGAGGAGUGGAUCGAAGUGAAGGAGGGAGAUGAGGGGUUUGAGAAGAGCAGGGAGGCUCUGAGGUGGUUUGCGCGGGAGUUGGUGAAGGCAGUUGAGGAGGUCGGCAGGAUAGAGGGAGAGUAA